AUGGCUGAUAACGUACCCACCCAAACUCCUUCGACUCUCCCUCCGCCUCCGCAGACCUCUGCUGCUCCAGGUCAGCAGUACGACGGGACUCAGGGCAACGGCCAGGCCAAUCCUUCCCAUAUGCCGCCGCCCCCUCGCCCUCCGGUUGUGAUCCCGCAGAAUACCAAUCCUAUUCCCACAGCGAUCACCUCUCCGAUGUCUGGAAACAUGAUGUCCCCAACCAGCGCCGGCGGGUACGUGCGCCGGGCUGCCCCAGAGCCAAACAAAAGAGCUCUUUAUGUUGGUGGUCUUGACCCCCGGGUAACUGAGGAUAUUUUGAAACAAAUUUUUGAGACUACUGGACACGUUGUCAGCGUAAAAAUCAUUCCUGAUAAGAACAAGUUCAACAGUAAAGGAUACAACUACGGCUUCGUUGAAUUCGACGAUCCUGGCGCUGCUGAACGAGCUAUGCAAACCCUCAACGGGCGCCGCAUUCACCAAUCGGAAAUCCGUGUCAACUGGGCUUACCAGUCCAACAGCUCGAACAAGGAAGAUACCUCGAACCACUUCCAUAUUUUCGUUGGAGACCUGAGCAAUGAAGUUAACGACGAAAUCCUGCAACAGGCUUUCUCAGCCUUCGGUUCGGUUUCCGAGGCGCGUGUCAUGUGGGACAUGAAAACUGGUCGGUCCCGGGGCUACGGUUUUGUUGCAUUCCGCGACCGUGCGGAUGCAGAUAAAGCAUUGGGAUCGAUGGACGGCGAGUGGCUCGGGUCUCGUGCUAUUCGUUGUAACUGGGCGAAUCAGAAAGGGCAGCCCUCCAUUUCUCAGCAACAAGCGAUGGCCGCUAUGGGAAUGACCCCGACAACGGCUUUUGGUCAUCAUCAUUUCCCAACUCAUGGCAUUCAGAGCUACGAUAUGGUUGUCCAGCAAACCCCACAGUGGCAGACCACGUGCUAUGUGGGCAACCUCACCCCUUACACCACGCAGAACGAUCUUGUCCCGCUCUUCCAGAACUUUGGUUAUGUUCUGGAAACCCGUCUUCAAGCGGAUCGUGGAUUUGCGUUCAUCAAGAUGGAUAGUCACGAAAAUGCUGCUAUGGCUAUCUGCCAGCUUAACGGGUACAAUGUUAAUGGGCGUCCCCUGAAGUGCAGCUGGGGUAAGGAUCGUCCUCCUACUGGCCAGUUCGACAACUUCUCUGGUCAACAGGGUAGCUCGCCCUUUAAUAACAGCCCAGCCCCGUAUUUCCCUCAGUACGGUGGACCCGGUGGACCUAUGACUCCUCAAGGUCCUAACCCUGCUGGAAGAGGCUGGGAUCAGUCCGGAAUGGGCGGCCAGAACUAUGGCCAGGUCCCAGGAAAUGCAGGUUAUGGCCGCGGACAAGCUGCCCCUGCCUCUGGCUGGAACCAGGCCAACAACGCUAAUUUUGGGAAUGGCUUUGGAGGCUACCAAGCGUAG